UCGUCAGCUGCUCGGAAUGUUACCGCGCGCGUUGAGCAGUCGUCUUAACCUCAUAGCAGUAUCCUCGGAAAAUAUGUCCUCGUGUACCGAUCCAUUGCACUUAAACGAGAAACGAUUGUUCAAAGAGUUAAAAAGAAGUUUGUCCGGUAAUACGAAAGAGACGCAUAACAUUUUGGAGAUUCGGGAUGAUGUGUUGUACGUGUGGAACGCGGACAAGUGUUGCGUGCAAACGUUGAACGUCGGUGCUACGCGCGGUAAAUUCGACGAGGAUGUUAGUUAUCAGACUCUGCAACCAACCGAUCCGCCCAUCUUCGAGGUCAUGAAUAUGUUCAUCAAUGAAACAGUUACGCAAGUAGCUCUAUGGGGUAAUCUUGGAAUUGCUAUCAUGGAGUUGCCCAAACGAUGGGGUAAAGACGCAGGUUUUCAAGGAGGAAAGGAUACCAUUUUAUGCGCAAGCCAUUGUUUCGGUGAUUUCGGUGCUACUACUGAAAUUCGUAAAGCAAGAUGGCAUCCAGGUUCGACCGACGAUUCUCAUCUCUUGGUUUUAACAUCCGAGAAUAUCUUUCGUUUGUACGAGUGCGAGAUCAAUAGAACGCCGAAGCUUAUCAAAAGUUGGAAAGUCGGACGUAGUCCGAUGAGUGGUUCGCCAUCGAAAAUACCUAAUUUUGCGUCACUCGGUGAUACUGCUGUCGAUUUUGAUUUUGCUACGCCAACGUUAAGGAGACCGGAACUUCUCGUCGGUAAAAAUAUAAACGAGGCUAAAAACGCCAUCGAUUGGAAUCAAAUCGAAUGGCCGAUCCUCGUGCUACGCGGAAAUGGCGAAGUUCUCAUUGUUCGUGAUAAUGUUCUCUAUGAUAAUUACGAUAAACCUGUAGUUUAUGGUUCGCUGUCUAUGUAUCCACCGACCGAUGACAAUUAUGGAAUAGAUUCGUGUUCGAUCAUGUGCAUACAAACCACUCCACCUAUAGUUGUAAUUGCUAUGUGCAAUGGAAGAAUAUAUCAUGCUAUAUUGCUUAAAGAAACAUUGGAAGAGGAGGAGAACGAUAAAAAGACCUGGUCGCAAUACGGUUCAACUUACAGUUUACAUACACCAGAAGAUGCACUUUACAUCUACGAGUGUAUAGAAAUGGAACUUGGUUUAUUUUUCACGGAUAAUGACAAAAAAUAUAAUUGUCCCAUUCAUGUGCAUAACGAUAAGGGUAACAAGUCCAGGUACUUUUGUUCUCACAAUGCUGGAAUACAUAUGGUUAGUCUACCAAUGGUAUCACAAUUAGACGAUUAUAUCAAUAUUACCAAUGAUAAAAUAGAAGAGAGCUUUUUACCUUCGUUGUCAAAUCAAUCGAGUUCGCAAUAUUUAAUUUGCACGAGAACUAAGCAUACCGGAAAGGAUGAGGCCACACCAAUUCUUGGAUUUGGACUUAUUCAAGAACCAUGCGUGCUAAUCGCUUUACUUCAUACGGGCGAUGUCGUCGAUCUUUCCGUAAUAGAUCUUCAUUAUCUUCCACGUAUCGAACUUCCUGAACCAAUAGUAACUUCAACUAAAAAAGUGAGCAAAGAACCUUUCGACGUCUACAUAAAAAAUUUGUUAAAGCACGAAACGUCGCAACCAAUCACGAAACUUGGAAAUCGAUCGAUGACGCUGAGGGAAUGCGUAGAACUCUUGUUCCACGUUACGCAAAUCUUUCGCCGACAACAUUUUAUAAGGCAUGAUAAGGCUCGCGAAGAAAUUGGUAAAAAAUUACGAACAUUAAAAGCAUUAAAAACUCACUUACUAAAAGAAUUAGAUAUUUUAAUGGAAACGAAAAAGGAGCUUCAACAAACUGCAGGACGUUUGGCCGAACGUUACGAGGAUAUUAAAGAUAAACAGGAGGAAUUAGCACGCAGGGCGGAAGAGGUGCUGAGAUUAGUAAACUACAAGGAACCAUCAAUGAGUGCCGUUGAAAGAGAAGAAGCGGAAGAAUUGAGAAGGAUGAAAGAUAAAAUACAAGAUUUAAAGGUACGAUUAGAACAACUGAAAAAGAGGGCAGCCCAACAAACGACUUUUAUGGAAAAUACAGAGAUUGUCGAGAAACAAAAGGAAAUAGUAUUUAGUAAAAAUCAAGAAGAAGCUAUUAAAGAAAAUCUUACGCAAAUGACAAAAGAUAUUAAAAAUAUGGUAGUUCAAGUCAAAAAACUCGAAGACGAAGUAGGAAUUUAGUACAUUGGUAAAUAAGUUUAUUGUAUAUCAUUUUCCUAAACUACUUUCAUAUUAAUUACUAUUGGAUAAGAUAAACGUAUAAAAAAAAGAAAAAAAAAAAAGAAAAAACAUUUAUAUU